CCAAGAUAAAAGAAAAGAGUGGAAGAAUCAACGAGACGAGUGUUCUAUAAUAUUUUGAAAUAUUUAUUUAGGUAUAGCUUAUGUUGGUGAUCAUCAAGAUUAGAUAUAGUAAAUCUAUAUCAUGAGUAACGAUCAUUCAUCUGCUUCAUAUAUCCAUAUGGUGCAGCACCUGAUAGAGAAGUGUUUGAUUUACAAAAUGACAAAAGAAGAGUGCAUGGAGGCACUAUCCAAGCAUGCAAACAUCAAACCUGUUAUCACUUCUACUGUGUGGAAAGAGCUAGAGAAAGAGAACAAAGAGUUCUUCGAGGAAUACAAAGAAUCACAAAAUAACAAAGAUAGUAUGACAGAGGAAGAGACAAGUGCUAUGAUAGAGAAAAUGAUAUUAGAUUCCAAAGAACCAGGUCCUUCCAAGGAAUCAGACAAGAAAUAAUAAUAAAAAUAAUAAUAAUAAUAACAUAUAUUAUAACCAUGUACGCGAUGGCGAUCUAACCUUUGAGUUCUCAUAAAAUGUGUAAAGCAUUUUUACAUUAUCAAUGUAUUUUAAUCUAGUCUAAUAUGUAUAUUACGGUUUAU